AUGAAGAGGAAGAAAGAUGAAGAGGAGAAGACGUUGUGCUUCCGGAUUCGCAGGAACAUGGCGGUCAAUGAGAUGGAGGAAGGCAGGAGGAUCAGGAUGGCCGAACGUGAGAGGGCAGCGAGGGACGCCAAGGCGGUGGCGAAGGGGAAGGAGAAGAAGAGGAGGUUAGAGGAGGAGGUGAGGAAGGAGCGGGAGAAGAUGAGGAAAGAGGAGGAGGAGAAGAGGGCGCGCGCCGAGAAGCAAAAGCUUAAGGAGAAGGAGCGGAAGAAGCGCGAGGAGGAGGCGAAGAAGAGGCGUGAAAAGGAAGAUAAAGAGAAGAAAAAGAGAAAAGAGGAGUCCAAGAAAAAGAAGACCAGAAAAAUCAGCUAG